AUGUUGACAAGCAAUUCUGCUCUUCAAUUUAAACGACAAAAAUUGACUCUGUCCUUUUUCAAUUGUACAUUUUAUUUAGGCACAGAAGCUGCGGCUGCUGCAGUGGUCAUGCUGAAACGUUAUGGUUCUGCAUUUGGUGGUAGAUCAUCAUCGAUUGAAUUCAAAGCUAAUCGACCAUUUUUAUUUUUUAUUCAUGAAGUUCAACAAAAUAUUGUUCUAUUCAGUGGAAAACUUGUUUCACCAGAACCUUUCAAUAACUAA